CGUAAGCUUAGUUUCCGCCAUGUUUGAUUGGAGGCUCCAAUUCACAACCCAAAUGAACUUCACGUCAGUGUGUCAGUGUUACGGAUUAGUAUCGUCGGUAGCCGCCAUCUCAACCUUCCACCACCUAGGCAGGCCUACCACUACUCCAGGCCAAGUAGAUCGCUUUGCUUCUCCUAUACGAAAUAAACUACGAGACCAACCAGCCAAUUGAGGCAACACUUCUCUCCGAACGUUCGCAAUGGUGCAUCGAGUCCUUUUCUGGUCAGGCUUCGGCCUUGCCGUCCGCUUCUGGCAACUCGGUCUCGAGAUGCGACCUUUCUUCAACAGGGGUUCCCUAUGGGCUUACCCGGUCUUUGCCGGAGUCGGCGCAAGCUUUGGAUACUGGUUACAGGGCGUUGACGAGAGGCAAUCGGCAAUCUUGGAGGCGCGGAAACAGUCUAUUCUAGAGAAGAGAGCACGGAAAGCUGCUAGGGAUGCGGCGGCAACCGCGUGAAGAAGUACCCUAUCUCGCAAUCUCGGUUCAAUGUACAUAUAGAGGCUACGGAAUAAAGGGUCAACAAUCAAGAGCAAACUAACAUGUUCUUCACUUAAGAAUGCAGCACGAUAAUUCAUGUGUUUAACGAUC